GCAUGGACAACACCACCAACACCAAAAACAACAAUUCUUCUUCCUCCUCAAUUUAUAUAAUUGUUGACUUCUUCUCUUGGUUAACCAAAUUAUGUUCAUUAUUUAAUUUAAUUAUUACAUUUCCAAUUUAUUUUUCCUUGCUAUAUUUUUUAUAUAAACGCCGACAUUUAAAUCCUUUUAAUUCUUCUUUUUAUCGCCUAUUCUUUGCUCUUGGAAUUGUUGAUAUUACAAAAUAUUCUUUAUAUUUGUUGAAAAAAUGUUCUUAUUGGGGAUGGGUAAGCUGA